AUGGAUCGUGUGGUUGGUGGUAAGUUCAAGCUUGGAAGAAAACUUGGAAGUGGAUCAUUUGGUGAAAUUUUUCUAGGAGUGAAUGUACAAACUGGUGAAGAAGUUGCUGUGAAGCUGGAACCUCUUCGAGCUAGGCAUCCUCAGCUUCAUUAUGAGUCAAAGCUGUAUAUGCUUCUCCAAGGAGGAACUGGUAUUCCUCACCUGAAAUGGUUUGGGGUUGAAGGUGAAUACAACUGUAUGGUGAUUGACCUUUUGGGUCCUAGUAUGGAAGAAUUUUUCAACUAUUGCAGUCGAUCGUUCUCUCUAAAGACGGUUCUAAUGCUUGCUGAUCAGAUGUUAAAUAGAGUCGAGUAUAUGCAUGUGCGAGGGUUUCUUCAUCGUGAUAUUAAGCCAGAUAACUUUUUGAUGGGUCUUGGACGCAAAGCAAACCAGGUGUACAUCAUUGACUAUGGGCUUGCGAAAAAGUAUCGAGAUCUUCAAACACACAAGCAUAUUCCCUACAGGGAAAACAAGAACCUUACAGGAACAGCUCGAUAUGCAAGCGUUAACACCCAUCUUGGAAUUGAGCAAAGUAGGAGGGACGAUCUGGAAUCUCUUGGCUACUUGCUUAUGUAUUUUCUUCGAGGAAGCCUUCCUUGGCAAGGCCUUCGUGCAGGUACCAAAAAGCAGAAGUAUGACAAGAUCAGCGAAAAGAAAAGACUUACACCAGUGGAGGUCCUCUGUAAAAACUUUCCGCCUGAGUUCACAUCGUAUUUCCUCUAUGUGCGUUCAUUACGGUUUGAAGACAAGCCAGACUACUCAUACCUAAAGAGGCUUUUCAGAGAAUUAUUUAUCCGAGAAGGUUAUCAGUUUGACUAUGUGUUCGAUUGGACAAUAUUGAGGUAUCCUCAGAUCGCCUCCAGUUCCACUUCCAAACCAAGACCAAGCCUAAGACCAGCUCUGAAUAUUCCAGUACCAUCUGCCGAGAAAGCAGAAAAGCCGUCAACUGGACAAGAGAGCCGCGAUAGAUUCUCAGGUGUGGUCGAGGCAUACACCAGAAGAAAUGGCUCAGGAACCGGCUUUCAAGCUGAUCUGUCUAGUAGACCAAGAACCUCAGAGAAUGUUCUUGCAUCCAGAGACACGCAAAACCAGGAGAGACCAAUCACUUCUUCAAGAAAAGCAAUUGCUGGGUCAAGUGUUCGAGCAACUUCCUCGGCUGAUUUCACAGAGAAUCGAUCGAGCAGACUCGUCCCAAACAACGGUCGGUCCUCUACAACUCAGAGGACCCAGUUUGCUCCUUCGUCCUCCUCUUUAGCCGCAAAGCCUGCACCAUCAAGAAUUCCUCCAGACGUUACGCUCGAGUUCCUAACAAUUGGGAAUGGAAAGAGGAAGUGA